GUGUAAAGUGACAAGUGACAGGCACAGACAAUUCGUUCACGUCAUAACCAAGGGGAAAAGACAACAUUCGUGGUAAUCCAACGGGAGCAUAAAGUCGAACAAUUUACUUAAAAUCUUACUCUAAACGUUAUAAAUUAUACCCUUACGUACCAUUAUGAGUGCUGAAAACAAGAAAUCCUCAAAGAAGCCAUUCCAAGCUGGAAAAGCACCUUCCGAACGACCCAUUACUGCGUCGUCUACCAAUGUGUCCAUCGCUUCUACUGCGGAUGACAAUGCCUGUGUCGUUUGUUUCAAAACUGUGGAAAUCUUUUCGAUAGGAGAGUGCGACCACCCUGUGUGUUAUGAAUGUUCCACUCGAAUGAGGGUAUUGUGCGAGCAGAAUGAGUGCCCCAUCUGUCGACAGGUCUUAUCAAAGGUUAUAUUCACUUACGAUAAGCUGCCAUAUCGUGAGUUGGAGGCCAAAAAUCGGUCAGAGUUCUAUAGUAAAAAGUACAAGAUCUGUUUUUACACCAGUGAUAUACAGCAAAAGUUUUUCGAGUUACUCGAUCACCCCUGUCCCAAUUGCAAUUGUCCACCUUAUCGUACUUUCCAAGGUCUUCGCAAUCAUGUUCGCAAAGAGCAUGACCAUUUCUAUUGUGAUUUGUGCGUGGAGCAUUUGAAAAUAUUUACUUUUGAACGGCGAUGCUAUACGCAAGCAGAGUUGGGCAUACAUCGGACCAAAGGUGAUCCGGACAAUCGUUCGCAUCGCGGCCAUCCUCUAUGUGAAUAUUGUAAUAAGCGAUAUUUAGAUCGGGAUUUGCUGUUCCGUCACUUGAGACUUGAUCAUUACUAUUGUCACUUUUGUGAUGCGGAUGGAUGCAAUGAAUUCUAUCGCGACUAUUCGGCUUUGGUUGAACAUUUUCGGCAAGACCACUUCCUGUGCGAGGAGGGAAAUUGUGCUACGGUGGAAUUUACUGGCGCAUUUCGUUCUGAGAUCGAUUAUAAAGCUCAUGUGGCAAAUGUUCAUGGCAGGGGCAUGAACAAGCAACAGGCCAAGCAGACGCGAACGUUGCAAUUGGAAAUUACGCUGGGACCACGAGGUAGGACAGGACAAACGGAGCAGGGGGUGGCAAAUAUGAGAACCAGAGGAGGGAACAACAACAAUGAAGCAGAACCUGAAAUUGAAGAGCCUGCCUAUAGCCAACCGAGUGUAGCGCAAUCUCGCCCCAAUAUUAAUCCCGGCAGUGAACAAGAAUUUCCAUCUCUUGCCGGUGGUUCUAGUGCCCCUAGUCUAUCUCUAACGAGACCGCCGCCACCCACCAUUAUCAAUCAUAAUCGUGUGUCCGGUUUGGCCAGAACAAAGGAAAAUUUCCCUGCAUUGGGUGGUAAUAGUGCGAACAGUGGCAUCAAUGGCGACGGCGGUGGCUUUAACAAUGCAGCCAAAACUCAACAACAACAACCAAUUUCGGCAAUGCUCAAGAAGAAACCAACUCCUGCCACCGGUGCUGUACCACGGACACCUGCACCAAAGAAUGGUCCAAGUACAAGCAGUGGAAUGGUUAUUCAUGUUUCAAAUCGACCAGCAGCCAACGUUACUGCAGGUCCCGCAAAGAAACCCAGCGCAAUGGACUUUCCUGCUUUGCCUGCUGGCAAAUCGAAAAAGGGCAAAGCAGUUGCCUUAAAUGAAGAUAUGUCCACAUCAGGUUUACAACUGCCCGUUUCUACUGUGGCUGCCAAGCAUCGCACUCUGGUAGAUGACUACGUUUCUGUAGCUAAUCCUGCUAAUUUUCAGAAAAUUCAAAUGGUCCAAAAAGAAGAACUUGAAGCAAAAGCUCGUAAAGAAGCCGAAGCCCGAAGUGCUCCUAAACUAACAUCUCAAGAUUUUCCUUCUUUAGGUGGUGCAGCGCCAGUAAGGUCGUCGGCACCUGCCUCUAAUACUUGGGUCAAGGCUGUAGUCAAUGAAAAACGACAGAAGGAAUUGGAAAAUCGCAAAAACAAAGUGGCUCCUGCACCAGUUCUACCAAAAACGAAUAGCUUUACCACCCCUAAAUCAUCGCCUCCGGUCCUAACCAAUGGUAACCUACAGAGCAAUGCUACAAAUAUUGCAAACAAUAAAAAGGAUAAGAAAGCUAAGGAGAAAAAAGCCAAGGAACCAAACAACAAUAAUAACAUCGAAAAUAAAGCGACGAACAAUCAUGUAAAUAACAAUAUUCAAAAGCCAUCCACAUCUCCACCGCCAUCGCCGCAGACCAAUAAAACAACACCGGCGGAGUAUCACUCUAAUGUUACCGUUAAUUCGGUAGCCAAGUCACCAAAUAACCUGACAUUUACCAGUUCGUUGGGAGAGAGUUACAGCAUUUUACCUACUCAUACAUUUACGCCCCCAACAGAUGCUAUGCUGCGAAAUCAGAGAUUAAUUUUAUACUUUAGAGAUAUUCUGGAAUCAAUGGAAGCAUUAGAAGAGUUCCGAUAUAUAUCUCAAAUGUAUAGAGAUGGUGUGGUGAAAGCUGAUAGCUAUUAUGAACAUUGCCAAGCUGCCUUAAAGGAUAAAUUUGAUGGAGUAUUUCCGGAACUAGUAGUGCUAUUGCCGGAUAUAAACAAACAACAGUCUCUCUACUUGGUACAUCAACAGCGUUUAAAUACCUUGCCACCAGCUCAACGUAAAAAUCUGCCCACGAUGGAAGUAUGUUCAACCUGCAAACAAGUAUUGCUGCCAAUCGAUAUGGCUGACCAUAAAAAAAUGCAUGAUAUUGUACAGAAUUUCCCAGAGCUAAGCGGUAAUCGUAAAACCACUACCAAGGCAUAGAUGGAAUAAUGAUCAUGUAUCGUGCGUUCGUUCGUUCGUUCGUUCAUUCGUUGAGAUGAUAAAUUCGCUUCAAUAUGCUCUAAUAAAUCAUCGGAUAAGUUUUCUAUAUACAUACUACUAUAGCAUAUGUGUAAAUGCAUACACAUGCAUACUUUUACAGUUUUCUGUUUUUACUUUAAUUUUUAUCUAAAAAAUCUUUUUUAUUUUAUGAAAAACGAUUUACAACGCUUUGAUUUUUACGUAUUUAUUUUAUGUACGUUUCCGCAAAGUAUGUUUCUCAAAGCUUUAUUUAAGUCUAUCCUAAUUAAGAGCUGGAACACUUCUAAAACGAAAACGGAGACCCCACAAUACUUUGUUUAAAACAAAUGAAAACUAUUUUUGCUGGUCCGCAAAUUCUGAAUUUAUAAAAUUACUAUUACAAUAUUCCUAUGUUUUAUCUCUAUCAGUCGUUGUGUACUAUUUACAAUUGCUAAGUUCAAAUUAGGUUUUAAAUAAUUUGGUCUAUAUCUGAAUUAACAAAAUUCUCGUCUAUGAUGAUGCAAACAAUCACAGCAACCAACAACAACAAUACAUUAUAAUAUAUACAUACAUACAUACAUACAUAUAUUGUGCAACAAAUGGUGAUUUCAAUUUGUUCAGAACAAAAUAAAAUAAGAAAACUUAAUACUGUUUACGUUAUAUAAACUACAUCAAAAAUAUAUAAUUUAUAUAAAACAAAGAGUGUUAGUUUUUUAUAUAAACAAAUAUAAGUAAAUGUGUAUGUGAAACAAUGAAAUGUUAUUUGAUAAAAUAAAAAAGAAAUAGAUAACACAAAGAAAACGGGAAGAAAAGAUAAAUACACUCCAACAGAAGAAUAAAGAUGAAAUAAAUACCGUA